CGACCACUCCACGCCAUAAUCUCUCUCUCCCUCUCUCUCUCUCUCUAAAAGCAACACCCUCUCUUGGCCGUCCUCCUCGUUGCCACACCAAGAUUGAUCCACCGUCUCCUUGGCCUCUGCGAGCACAAGCGCCCUCCCGUGUCAUCCGGAGAAGGAAACCAAGUCCCAAGAAAAAAAAAUCAAUGGAGACGAUGGUUAAUGCGAGAGAUGACCACCACCACCUCGGGCUCAGCCUCAGCCUCAGCAUCGCCACAGCGGCUCCGGUCGAGCGGUCGGCGCCGCCGCAGCAACAGCGAGCUUUCAACGGCGUGCCCGUUUCCUCCCUCCCCACGCCGUCGCCGCAGCAACCGCAGUGCUGGAACGGCGUCCGCGCCAGUCAUUUUUUCGUGCCCUCCUCCGGGAUGGAUCGAUAUUUAGAGAGGAAGCAGCCGGCGGCGUGCCACAACCACGAGAUGCCGUUCCUGCGGGGGAUCGACGUGAACCGGGCGCCGGCCGGGGAGAGACGGAGGGGAUGCUGCAGCGAGGACGAGGACCCCGGCGCGUCGUCGCCCAACAGCACGCUGUCCAGCCUCAGCGGGAAGCGUGGCGCGCCAGCGACGAGCGGUGGCGCUGCGGAGCAGGAGCGCGACCACACCCCGAGAGCCGGCGUCGGUAGCGACGACGAGGACUCCGGCGGCGGGUCGCGCAAGAAGCUCCGGCUGUCCAAGGACCAGGCCGCCGUCCUCGAGGAGAGCUUCAAGGAGCACAACACCCUCAACCCCAAGCAGAAGGCGGCGCUGGCGAAGCAGUUGAACCUGAGGCCACGUCAGGUCGAGGUCUGGUUUCAGAACCGCAGAGCCAGGACGAAACUGAAGCAGACGGAGGUGGACUGCGAGUUCCUGAAGCGCUGCUGUGAGACGCUGACGGAGGAGAACCGGCGCCUGCAGCGGGAGGUGGCGGAGCUGCGCGCCCUCAAGCUCGUCGCGCCGCGCCACCACGCGCGCGUGCCGCCGCCCACCACGCUCACCAUGUGCCCUUCCUGCGAGCGCCUCGCCUCCGCCGACAAGACUGGCCGCGUGGCCCAGCCCGCGCCCAUCGGACCAUGGGGGCCCGUCCCCGUGCGGCCCGUGUUCGUCGACGGCCCGGCCCGGAGGUCUUGACUUGGACCGACGCCCCCCGGUGGUGGUGCUUAGUAACACUAGAACAGCCAUGGCUGGGACAGUGGUUUGGUUAGUCACUAAUAUGGCAUGAGAUGUAGUAGGCAUUAAUGAGGGUUUGUUUUUUCUUCUCUUUUGUUUAUACAAGCAGUUUAGGCUCUUUUUGUUUUUAUCGUGGAUUAUCGCAAUCUGGAUUCUAAAGAAAAGUCUCUCCCUAUUA